CCUGGCAAAGGAUCGUUAAACUCUGCGUUUUGCGUUGAAAACCACCGUCUUCGAGGAAACUUGUCUACAAAAGGUUUCCUUAAUAUCACGUCGAAAGUGAGAUUUUCAACCGGCUGGCCUUAAUUUCAUGACAGUCACACAAGCCAGCCAGACAUUACGUGUGAUCUAUGAGCAUCCUACUGUGCGAAAACCAACAAAUCUAAAUUAAAGACAGGAGUUGCUAUCCGAUUUAGACAACUGCGCUCACAGAAUAGGGAGCCCUAAUAACAGUUUGCUCUCGUAGAUCGGAUUCCGCAGCCUCUCGGCUUGAGAAGACUUAUGUCAAUCCGUAAGCAAUACUGCCAAUUGUAACUCUAUACCUUAUCAACUUUUACCCAUCAUCUGUCGGGACUCUCGUUAUUUUGUGAAGCACCAAGGAUGUGGGCUACUCUGUUAGCUACUUCUAUUAACUGAAAGACGUUGUCGGAGUACUAUUAACACAAGAUGUUUAGUACCGAAGCGAACAGAAGUAGAGUUAUGAAGACAAUGCUAGUUUUGAGUCAUCUUGUUCUUCUUACAGUUUCACAACAACCAUCCCAAACAACUGGAAAUCUGCCGCAUGACUCGUCCAGUGUCGAAACGUGCCCCUCAAAUUCAGCAACUUUGGAAGAGCACAGAAGUAACGAAGCCUGCAAGGCUGCCAAGACUCGAUAUUGUUAUAAAAACAAUUGCAAACGGUGUUGCGCUUUUGGUAACUCCUGCAAUCCUUAUCCGGGACUUUUAGUUUACCGAGAUACAUGCAGAGACAUUCUGUGUGCUUCUAUCGAAUGUCCAUACCCAGGGGAAUACUGUGACUUGAAUCAAGGAAACAAUCCCCAAUGUCAUUGUUUGAAAUCGUGUCCUGACGAGAGGGAAAGUACCCGUGUUUGUGGUAGCGAUGGCGUUACAUACUCCAGCGCAUGCGCACUCAACAGAACCUCUUGUUUGCUUGGGCAACAUAUCAGGGUUGAGCUCAACAGGCCUUGUGAUAUGAAGUCGCGUAAUUUAUUACUCAGUCCCUUACAUCAAAAAUCCGUCGUCCUCGACGUAGGUUAUCCAGGAAAGAUCACAUGUUCCUUCCUUGGCAAGCCAAUAUCAAUCACGUGGUUUAAACUAGAAAUCGACAGCCUCCCGCCUCACAUGAUCCCCAUGAAGGAAUCCCUCAUCAUGCCCAAGGUGCGCAUGUCCGACGAAGGGGUUUAUAGAUGUGAGGCGUAUGAUGGUUCAUCUAUUGCUGAGGCAUUUGUAAAUAUCACCGUUAAUGACAAUAGAGAAGAACCGGGCAAUUCUGAUUGGUCCAAGAAAUCAAAAGCCUCAUGCAUGUUGCCACGUCGUUAUGGUUACUGCAACCAACAUGAAGUUCGUUGGUAUUUUGAAAAGACGUCGAGAACAUGUCAUCCCUUUGUGUACAGCGGUUGUGGCCAAAAUGAAAACAACUUUAAAACAGCAAAGCAAUGCCAGGCAGCGUGCGGACAAUGGGCUGGCGACAUCUGCAAGCUUCCCAAGUCUACCGGUCCCUGCGAAGCACACAUUCCAAGAUGGUUCUUCGAUCAAAACAUUGGUGAAUGUAGAAGGUUYAUUUAUGGUGGUUGCCGUGGAAACGCUAAUCGAUUUGCUUCCAAAAUGUUGUGUGAAGUCAAAUGCAAAGCACAGAGGGCAGACAUGUCCCCUUGUAUGAAACUCUACAUGGAUGCAGUUAACAGCCAUAGACAAAGCAUCUUCACUCCAAGGUGUACAGGAGAUGGACACUUCCAGAAGAAGCAAUGUCACGGGUCGUAUUGCUUUUGUAUGGACGAGAAGGGAUCGGAAAUGCCUGGAACUAGAACACCUAUUGGUCAGAAGAUUGAUUGUUCAGCUCAAGGCCCUCGUCUAUGCGACGUUGAAAGGAAGAAAAACAAAGACAAACGAUUUGAUGGUGAACACUUACCUCAAUGUAAACAAGACGACACUUACGAGAGUGUACAAUGCUCACCGCUGACCGGUCACUGUUGGUGCGUGGAUCCCCAUGGUAAAGAAAUGCCUGGAACAAAAACACGUGCGCCCCUUUUGUGUCCAACAAUGAAUGCGCAGAUUACAAGAUGCCAGCGUCAAUACAUCGAUGCAUCUAAGAACUCAGAACUCGGUCGAUUGAUUCCUCAGUGUGAAGAAGAUGGUAGAUUCAGAAUUGUUCAAUGCCAAGGACCUAACUCUACUUGUUCAUGUGUAGAUCGAGAAACUGGAGAGUUACUGAGCGGCUCUGAAAUCACUUUUAACRUGGGAAAACCACAGUGUAAGACGAAAG